AUGUCGACAUCCAAGGGCAAAGAAAAGGCCACUCCAGAACCAGAAGUGACCGCAGAAUACCUCGCCUCUCUCCUUCAAAAAGCACGCGACGCUGUCGCUUCACAAGACGACAUCCUCUCCCUCGAUAUAUCCCAUGAAACGUACUGUUCAGAGUUUUCCGUUCCGGCCUACUUAUCUCAUUGUUUUUGCAGGCAUUCGUUGAAGCCAGACCUUCCAGAGCCUUACUUGACGCUUGGGCAGCGUAAAAUUGACCCAUUCACUUUCCGCGAUCCAGCCGUUCAAGCUGCAGAACAGGCUUCAUCAUCCUUCGUUGUUCCCGCACCGCCAGUCCCUCCGCCUGAGAUAGGCAAAUCAGGGAAAGCCAUGACGAAACGCGAACGGAAAGCAUUGCGAAAGCAAACCGCAGGCUCAGACUGGUUUGACCUACCUGCACCAGCCGAGGCGGACCUCCCGCGACUGUAUCGAGAGGUGGAAUCGUUAAGGCUGCGAAACCAGCUCGAUCCGAAGCGAUUCUAUCGGAAGGAAGAGGGGGAAGGCAAAGGCAUCAAGGGUUUGCCGAAAUAUUUUGCAAUUGGAACCAUCCUUCCGUCGUCAACACCCUUCGGGAUAGCGAGCGCCGAAAAUUUGAGUAGAGCAAAAAGGAAAAGAACGCUGGUCGAUGAGUUGGUGGACGAUGCGGAAGCAAAGCGAUAUGCGAAGAGAAAGUUCGACGAUCUCCAAGCGGUUAAAGGAGCGAAAGGCCGCAAUACAUUACAUGACAAGAAAGCGAAACGUCGUCCAAAGUGGUAG